UAAGUUAAGGUAAUAAGACAUUAAAUUAAAAAUUUAAUUUGGUUUGAACUUCUGGUUAUUUUAAUUAAAAUAUGACGAUUAGAUAUAAAGCAUAAAAGUUUAUUAGAUUAUAUAUCAAACCUGAAAUAUACUAAUUAAAAAUACAAAAGGGAUUUUGCAAAGUAAACAAUAUCAACUCUGGUGACACAUCAUACUCUCUGGUGGCACAUGGAUUCUUUACUCAAAUUAGGGUUUGAUAUGAAGAAGGUUGUUAUUAUGCAGGAAACUUAUGUUCUGGUACCAAAAACAUAUAUGAAUCAAGUAAUGAAUGAAGUAAAGAUUUUAAAAGAAACUCUACCCAAAGCUUUAAAUAGACGAUUUUUCAAAGAUUCCAAAAGUUUGGAUAAAGAAAAAGAAAAAGAGUUUAGCAAUGAAAGAAAACUGUUAGAGCAAGAGUUGGAGUUUAGCAAAGAGAGAAAAUUACUCGAACAAGAGUUUGACUUGUUAAAAAAGAGAUACGACUCUUUACUUAGUGAAGUUGAAAGAGAGAGACAGGAAAAUGCAGAUCUGCGAAAACAACUGUUUGAACUGAAAGAAAUAACUGAAGAACAGUCAACAUAUUGUGCAACACUUGGUGGAACAACAUGUGGAUUAUUAUGGAGAAUAUCUCAGAAUGAAGAUUCAAUACACAUGCUGCUUGGUGGAGAUAAUGCUGAUGAAUUCUUCCAGCUUGCUUGCCACACUCUUGAGAGCUAUGUAAAUGCUGUCCAUAGCAGUCCAUCUCGCGUUGUUGGUGCAAACAAUGAAUACCGUUUUGUCAUCUCAUUAAUGGGUGUAAUCACCAACAUAACUGCAUCAUCUUUUGGAAGAGAACUUCUUAGCUCAAAAGAUAGUGGCAAAGAAGUACUUAAUGCUAUAAACAGUGUUAUUUCUGAAUUUCCCUUUCAAGAAAUGAAAUGGAUGAAAAUGAGAAAUGUUGCUUUAAAGUGCAUGUAUAAUAUCAGUAUUAACCAGAAGGGAAUGAAGUUUCUUUGCAGCAUUAAAACAUUGUUACCUGAUCUUUCACAAGUUAUUCAUGAGGAUAAGUUUCCAGACAACAAGUUGCAUGCAUUAAGAUUAUUACAAUCAAUGGUUUGUGAACCUGACUGCGUUGAACUUUUACAUUCUGUUGUAGAGUUGUUAUCUAUUGAUAAGCUGAAAACUUUGUCACAGAAUUCAAAAGGAGAGGAAAGAUAUUUAUUCACAACUAACAUGUCAAUAACUAGUUCACAAUUCACAAGUUCUCUUAUACAGAAAUACUGGAAAAUGUUGCAAACAAAAAAAAUACUGGAAAAUGUUGCAAACAAAAAAAGUUUUAAAAUGUUCAUACCGUAUAUAAGUUACAGACCAAUAAAAUGUGGUUGUAUUAAAAGUUUUAUCUCUUCAAUUGUUCAAUAUAACACUUCAAAAUAUAUAACUACCAACAGGGCAACAAGACCUCAUCGCUUAUUUAUUCGACGGUUAUCUGUGGAGCCAGAAAAGGAGAAAAUUUGUUCUGCUUACUCCACCUGCGAAACGUAUGACCUUUCUGAAAUACGAAAACAUUUUAUAAAUAAAGUUUAUGCCUCUGAUUCAAAUACAGAAUACUCUUUAGCACAUCUACCAAAAGAUGCUAGUGAUGUUCUACAUGUAAAAGUUUUAACUAAUAACAAUGAAUUGGGGCAUGUUUUCAUAUUCAAACGACUUGGUUCAUUUGUUUGUUGGAAUGUUUCCAAAAGUGAGGUGUGGUUUUUGAAAAAGUUGUUGUCACAGUAUGAGAAGUCGCCAUUCAGUCUUAUUGAUACUCAUGAAGUGAACGAGGAAUUGAAUUUUUUCAUUACCAAUGGAGCUUCAUCAUUAACAGAUGGUGAUAUCUACCUUAGUAAUAAACUAAAUGAGGAAAAUCAAGCAUUAGAGAAAAUGGCAUUUUCAAAUGCCGUUGCAUUGUCAGUCAAACUAGAUGCCUGGGAGAUAGCUUUGGAUAAAUUUUCAGGAUCAUUACGCUACAUACCUGAGCAAUUGAAAAACAAUAAAAAGAUAGAUAUUUCUCGUGAUGAAAUAAUGAAAAAAAUUGGAGAACUUUUGUCAUUAAGACAUCAAAUAAAUCUUUACUCUGAUACUCUUGCAACACCAGACUUUUAUUGGAAUCAUGAGGAGUUAGAAAGAUUAUAUUCAAAGACAUGUGCAUAUCUGGAAAUAUCAAAACGAACCAAGGUAAUGAACUCUAAAAUGGAUUUAUGCUCUGAACUUGUUCAAAUGUUAAGAUGUCAUCUAAACGAUGAACAUUCACAUAGACUAGAAUGGAUGAUUAUUAUUCUUAUCGUUUUUGAGGUUAUAUUUGAGAUACUGCAUCUUGUUACACGAUGGAGCGAGAAGUGAUUUUAUAGAAGCAAUUCUUUAUGCAUCAUUUUUUACUGUUUUUCUAUGUGAUGUUAUUUUUUUUAAUAAAUUUUUGAAAAAAUUUUUCUUGUAAA